GCUAAGCAAGCAAAGACGCAUACCUUGACUGGAGUUACCUUCAAUUUCCAUCUGUGUACUCCAAGGAAGCAACUCAAUCAUAAGAUACAGUGCUAGUACAGUGUGAAAUACCCACAUGCUCCGAGCUUAUCGAUAAGAAAGGGUACUCCAAGGCCAAGGGUUCACCCACCCCAAGGGCCCAAAGGAGCGUCCAGCCCACUUCAUUGACCACGGGUCUUGCGCCACAGGCCAGCUUUUGGGAUCGAGGAAGUCGCCUCCAACUCAACUCUCACCCUCUCUCCUCUUCCGCCAGUCCCCGAGUCUCCACGAUCUUUGGUGUCGCCGCAGAUUACGAAACCGAAACCGCGUACAGAAUGUUAGACACGUUCGAGAUUCUGACCACCUCUGGGGUGGUCCUCUGGUCCAGAACCUAUGCGCCGGUCAACCCGUCCGUGAUCAACAACUUCAUUGCCGAUGUCUUCAUCGAGGAGAAGGGCGGCGCUGCCUCCAGCCAGUCCGCGGCUAGCAAUCCCCCAUAUAAGCGCGACCAGCACACAUUACGGUAUACGUUUGUCAAGGAGCUAGGUGUCAUCUUUGUGGCUGUUUACAGAUCACUGCUUCACCUGUCAUGGAUUGACAAGCUCGUCGACAAUAUCAAGACAAUCUUUGUAGAUCUGUACGGAGAGCAAUUGACGAAGCCGCACACGACAGUGGUCGAAUGCCACAAGUUCGACGAGUACUUUGACCAACAGGUCAGAGAGCUGGAGACGACGGGAGCAAAGGGCGACUCCAACGUCUCAGAAGCCGACUUCGCAAAGGAGGAGAAGACACUGUCUGGAAACCUCGGCGAUGACCCUCCCCUUCCUCCGGGUCUGCACUAUAGGGGUCGUGGUCUAAACAGCGCAAACGAAACCUCCAACGAUUCGACUCCCAUCGCGACGCCGACGACCUCUCGACCCUCGACUCCCGGCACCGGUGGCGUGUUAGUAGGCAAGGCCGGCCCCGUCGCCAAGAUGUCGCGGCGCGCGCGGAAGGCGGGCAACUCUGCGCCCCUUUCUUCAGGCGACGAGUCCGCCGGCAGAAGACCCAAGCCCGCGACGAGAUCAUCAACGAAGAAGGGCCGCAAAUGGGACGCAGACGGUAUGGCCGACGAGGAGGACGACGUGGUGCUUGACUACUCGGCUGCUCCGAAGUCGGCGACGAGCGACUCGGAAGCCGAGACGACCGCCCGCUCCUCCGCCGUCGAGCACGUCGAUCACACGACAUGGGGGUCCAAGACGUCAAAGGGUCAAUUCGUGCUAAAGGACCUAGACGAUGAGGUACACAACAUCCUCGCCUCGGCGCAGGCCAAGAACGACUCCUCCAACAAGACGGAGGCAUCGGGCGGGCUUAUCGGGUCCGGCCUGAGCACGAUCGGAGGCCUCUUCCGCAAUGUCGUCGGCGGCAAGACGCUCUCAAAGGCGGAUCUCGACAAGGCGAUGAAGGGUAUGGAGGAGCACCUCCUCAAGAAGAACGUCGCGCGCGAGGCCGCGGUGCGGCUCUGCGAGGGUGUCGAAAAGGAGCUCCUCGGCGCCAAGACGGCCAGCUUCGAGAGCAUCAACGCAAAGAUCCAAGCCGCUAUGGAAGCCUCCCUAACAAAGAUGCUCACCCCGACGUCCUCGCUCGACCUCCUCCGCGAGAUCGACGCCAUCACCGCCCCGCCCGCGACCUCCCUCCGCAAGGCCCGUCCCUACGUCAUCUCCAUCGUCGGCGUCAACGGCGUCGGCAAGUCCACCAACCUGUCCAAGAUUUGCUUCUUCCUCCUACAGAACAAAUAUAAGGUCCUCAUCGCCGCCGGCGACACCUUCCGCUCCGGCGCUGUCGAGCAGCUCGCUGUGCACGUCCGCAACCUCAAGGAGCUCACCGUCCGAGAGGGUGGCCGCGUCGAGCUGUACCAGAAGGGCUACGGCAAGGACGCCGCCACCGUCGCUCGCGACGCCGUGGCUCACGCCGCGCAGGACGGCUUCGACGUCGUCCUCAUUGACACCGCCGGACGCAGACACAAUGACCAGCGUCUCAUGUCCUCCCUGGAGAAGUUUGCCAAGUUUGCUCAGCCCGAUAAGAUUCUCAUGGUCGGCGAGGUAAGACUCCCCCCUCCCUCUCACAUUCAUAACCAAACAACUACUGACCUCUCCCCCAAGGCCCUCGUCGGCACAGACUCGGUAGCCCAAGCCCGCAACUUCAACGCGGCUUUCGGCUCCGUCCGCACCCUCGACGGCUUCAUCAUUUCCAAAUGCGACACCGUCGGCAACAUGGUCGGCACCCUCGUCAGUCUCGUCCACGCCACAAACGUCCCCGUGCUCUUUGUCGGCGUCGGUCAGCACUACUCUGACCUACGCAAUUUUUCUGUAAAGUGGGCUGUUGAGAAGCUCCUGAGCAGUUCGUAAGGUUUCGCUUUCUCUCUCCUUGGUGGGAAAGAAGACUAUAGAGGGGAAUGUAUAAAUCACCUUUUUAAUAUGAAAUGAGAUGAAAUGAAAUCAGAUUAAUGGGGGGUUUCCAUGGCGAGAACCUAUGAUACUACCCAAAAUUCAAGCAUUGAAAUUGUUCAGGUGAUAUGCGUAGUUAGUCGUCCUUCACGUACCACGAACGCACUUUUGUACCGUCCAUCGUCAGCAACUCCUAUUUC